GCCAGUUGGUUUCAAUAAGGAAAUUCGCGACAUUGUAUAUGUGGAGUAAAGACUCUCGGACGGGAGACAAGUUUAAGCACUGGGCAUGAACUCACACAGCGGGCCCGGUAGUGGGAGAAGAGGCAAAGGACACCAGUUGCAGUAGAGCUCAUCUGCUUCAUCAGGAUGGGCUGCAGUUGGAGUGGCCAGAAACGAGUAAAAGAUGACAACUUCUACAAAGCAAAACACAAGGCCUCCAAUCACAUUGCACAAAGUGGACACACCUCGGAUAACGACGUGUUUGUGGCACAACAUGACUUCAACGGGACCAACAACAGCGAUCUGCCUUUCAAAAAGGGAGACAAAUUCAAGGUUUUGCAAGAGAACGGAGAAUGGUGGUUGGCUAAAUCGUUAGAGACUGGCGAGGAGGGCUUAAUACCGAGUAAUUAUGUAGCCAGAGCAGACACUCUGGAAGUGGAAAAAUGGUUUUUAAGGGACGUGAACAGAAGACAGACCGAACAACUUCUUUUAGCUCCUGGAAAUAAACCGGGAGCCUUUCUAGUUCGAGAGAGUGAGACCUGUAAAGAAUCCUUCUCGCUGUCAGUCAGAGACUAUCUAACAGAACAAGGAGAUGUGGUAAAACACUACAAGAUCCGCUGUUUGGACAAAGGUGGAUACUACAUCUCUCCCUCCAACACGUUCCCAACCCUGCAGGAACUCGUCAAAUACUACACUCGUACGGCGGACGGCUUGUGCCAGCGGCUCCAGGCCCCCUGUAAGCUGAAGGCGCCUGAGCCGCCGUGGGCACAAGACGAGUGGGAGAUCCCCAGAGACACCUUGAAACUGGUGAAGAAACUGGGGGCCGGGCAGUUUGGAGAAGUGUGGAUGGGUUAUUAUAAGAACACCCAGAAGGUUGCCAUCAAGACGUUGAAGGAGGGCACGAUGGAGCCCGAGGCCUUCCUGCAGGAGGCCAACCUGAUGAAGCAGCUGCAGCAUGAACGACUGGUGCGGCUCCACGCCGUGGUCACCAAGGAGCCCAUUCUUAUUGUCACAGAGUUCAUGGUCAACGGAUGUCUUCUGGACUUCCUGAAAACGUACGAAGGGAAAAAGCUUAAGCUAAAUAAGCUGAUGGACAUGUCCGCUCAGAUAGCUGAAGGCAUGGCGUACAUCGAGAGGAAGAACUACAUACACAGAGACGUGCGUGCAGCCAACAUCCUGGUCAGCGACACCCUGACCUGCAAGGUGGCAGACUUUGGCCUGGCCAGGAUCAUCGAGACAGAAUACACGGCUCAAGAAGGUGCCAAAUUUCCCAUCAAAUGGACGGCUCCAGAAGCCAUCAAUUUUGGCACAUUCACCAUCAAAUCGGAUGUGUGGUCCUUUGGAAUCCUGCUCACAGAGAUAGUCACCUAUGGGAGAAUACCCUACCCGGGAAUGACAAACCCAGAGGUGAUCAGGUGCCUGGACCAGUUGUACAGGAUGCCUUGUCCGGACGGCUGCCCCACGGAGCUCUAUGACAUAAUGCAAAUGUGCUGGAGGCAGCAGCCCGAGGAACGGCCCACUUUUGACUUUCUGCAGAACACUCUCAACGACUACUUCAUCGCCACAGAGGGACAAUAUGAGGUGCAGCCCUGAUGAAGUAAAAGGUUUCCUGUUGAUGAUCAGAAAGAGACAACAACAUGUUCUAAGCAGAGAUGCGAGACCUGAAUGGACAGCGGAUGAGGACCAACUAAACACAAUUCUUUUAAAUCAUAGUUUGUUUGGACAAAGUUUUGGACAUUUAUUUUUACACAUGAAAUGGACACAUAUGUUGUGCGUUCCUUUUGGCUGUCAAAGCUGUUGAUGUAUAGCCGCUCAUAACACCAGAAGCAUUUUAAAAUCACAAGGGAUUUUGAACUGAUCGGGAUGAUGUGCGAUGGUAAAGAGCGUGGGAACAUCAUUUCAGUACCUGAAGUAGAAUGGCCUCUGGACCCGAGGAAGUCCAGUCCGCUCAGGUAAUGUUACAGAUAAAUAAUGUACUUGGUGGAGAAAAAAAGCAGCCUGAGAAUACAUGUACAAUACUUUGCACUUUUUAAAUUUCCUUCAGUCCACCAGCGGAUACAGAAAAAAUGCUUU